GUGCCCGAGGCGGCGGCGGCGGCGGCUGCCUAGUGACAGCGGCGGCGGCACCAGGCCAGCCGGAGCAGUGUAGGGUGGUGCGGCCCUGAAACGCAGACCCGGACAAAGGGCGGCGUGGCGCGAGGAAGACCCGACCCGGGUCGCGCGUGAGGGGAUCUCGCGGGCGCGGGGCGAGAGUCCGGCGUGAGGGAGCGUCCAGGCGGUGGCCGCCGGCGGCUGGGUCCCGCCUGCCGCCGCCGGCAUGAGCCACAUCCAGAUCCCUCCCGGGCUCACAGAGCUGCUGCAGGGCUACACCGUGGAGGUGUUACGGCAGCAGCCGCCCGACCUUGUCGACUUCGCGGUGGACUACUUCACCCGCCUGCGCGAGGCCCGCUCCAGAGCCUCCACCCCGCCCGCCGCCCCUCCUUCCGGCUCCCAGGGUCUAGAGCCCGGCCCUGGCCUUGUCGCCGAUGCGAUCGCGGACAGCGAGUCAGAGGACGAAGAGGACUUGGACGUUCCAGUUCCUAACAGAUUUGAUCGGCGGCGAGUAUCAGUCUGUGCUGAGACCUAUAACCCUGAUGAGGAAGAGGAGGAUACUGAUCCAAGGGUGAUUCAUCCUAAAACUGAUCAACAGAGGUGCAGACUUCAGGAAGCUUGCAAAGAUAUUCUUCUUUUCAAAAAUCUUGAUCAGGAACAGCUUUCUCAAGUCCUCGAUGCCAUGUUUGAAAGGACAGUCAAAGUUGAUGAGCACGUCAUUGACCAAGGAGAUGAUGGGGACAACUUUUAUGUCAUUGAACGGGGAACCUAUGAUAUUUUAGUAACAAAAGAUAAUCAAACCCGCUGUGUUGGUCAGUAUGACAACCAUGGCAGUUUUGGAGAACUAGCUCUGAUGUACAACACCCCGAGAGCUGCUACCAUUGUCGCCACUUCAGAAGGCUCCCUUUGGGGACUGGACCGUGUGACGUUUAGAAGAAUCAUAGUGAAAAAUAAUGCAAAAAAGAGGAAGAUGUUUGAAUCAUUUAUUGAAUCUGUGCUGCUUCUUAAAUCACUAGAGGUGUCAGAACGAAUGAAGAUUGUGGAUGUAAUAGGAGAAAAGGUCUAUAAGGAUGGAGAGCGCAUAAUCACUCAGGGUGAAAAGGCUGAUAGUUUUUACAUUAUAGAGUCCGGCGAAGUGAGCAUCUUGAUUAAAAGCAAGACUAAAGCAAACAAGGAUGGUGGGAACCAAGAGGUCGAGAUUGCCCGCUGCCAUAAGGGGCAAUACUUUGGAGAGCUUGCACUGGUCACCAACAAACCCAGAGCUGCUUCGGCUUAUGCAGUGGGAGAUGUGAAAUGCUUAGUUAUGGAUGUACAAGCAUUUGAGAGGCUUCUGGGGCCCUGCAUGGACAUCAUGAAGAGGAACAUCUCACACUACGAGGAACAGCUGGUGAAGAUGUUCGGCUCCAGCAUGGAUCUGAUAGAUCCUGGGCAGUAGGUGUGCCACACCCCAGAGCCUUCUCAGUGUGACACCAAAACCUUCCAGUCAGCCACAGAACACAAACAGAAAAUGUGACAGAACCGUUCCUGCUGUUGCCACCACCACUGCCAUUGCUAUGGCUGUGGGCGUUUAGAAAACUUGGAAGUCAGCACUAAAGGAUGGGUAGAGGUUCAACCCACACCUCCACUUUGCUUCUGAAAGCCCAUUAUUAGACCACUUGUAAUGAUUACUCCAACCCAGUUUUCACAUCUUUGGUUCAAAAUGGCAUGUCUCUCCAAAAAUUUAAGUGCCUGAUACAAAGUCCAAAGUGUAAACAUCUUCCUUUCCUCUCUUGCUGCUACUGUUGCUUUUAGAAGUUACCACAGGUUGGCACAAACCUGUUGUAUAACUGUAGACACCCUCCCCCAACCUUUUAUAGCCUUCCGUUUCCUCAUUUGUCCUUUGAGAAAGUCCACAACUGUAGCCUUUGGCUUUACCAUCAAAAAUGGUGGCAGAUGUGAUGGAGGUCUGUGGUCCUGUGGCAUUGUACUGUCUGCUGACAGUGGCACACAUGACAGCUGUCCCCAAACUCUCAGUGAUGCUUAGGGAGAGACCCUGCCCAGGGCCCAGCAGGUCAGCACCCCAAAGCACACUGAUCAGACAUCGGAACCCACGUUAGAGCAGAAAAUUUGAGUUUAGCACAUUUUACAGGUAGCAGAGAGCCAGGGAAGGUUUUCUGGGUUGGGGGCGGGGGUGUUUUAUUUUGUUUUAGUAGAUUUUGUUUUGUUUAAUCUCUGUGCAGUUUGCGUGAGUGAAUUGCUGUCCAUUUAUAAGGAGCUGGGGUCUGGGAGUGCCAUCACUGUAUCUGACCUAAAUACUUUCCUGGGCAACUCCUGCCCAUCUCUUAUUACCAGUUGCUCUUACUGAUGGCAGUGUGCUGGCAAAGAGAGACCUUUCCCUCUACUCCAGAGUUGUUAUGUAGCUUUGCUGUUGAACCAUCAAUUUUUAAACUCUUUAAAGAAGCAGCAGCUAUUUUUUUGGAAAACAAACCCAACUCCCUAUUUAGAGAAUUUCCCUGGACAUAUUCAUAUAUAUCAGUUUGUCAGCUGACUCAGGCAUUCAUCUUAAAGAUCAGCUCUUUUUGUUAGUUUUUAAAAAUCAGCAUCAUUUACAAUUUCAUAGAAUUACUGCAAAGACCUUUCUAAUUAAGAUGUUGGGAUGGGCUUCCCUGGUGGCGCAGUGGUUGAGAGUCUGCCUGCCAAUGCAGGGGACAUGGGUUCGUGCCCCGGUCCAGGAAGAUCCCACAUGCCACGGAGCGGCUGGGCCCGUGGGCCAUGGCCGCUAAGCCUGUGCGUCCAGAGCCUAUGCUCCGCAACGGGAGAGGCCACAGCAGUGAGAGGCCCGCGUACCGCAAAAAAAGAAAAAAAAAAGAUGUUGGGAUAUUUAGGGUUCCAGUUGUUAAUCCCAGAGGAAAGUAAUUUAGCUUGUAUUUUAAAACUUUUUAAACCUUUUGAUUAUAUCAGGUGGAAAUCUAAUGAAUUAUCGUAAUUAACCAGAUAUAUUUCAGAAUGAAAUUUUUUUUCUUCAGAAUAACCUAGAAUCAGAUGCUACAAGAGAUCCUAAGAGCAGUAUGAAAUUUACCUAAAGAUAAAUUUGGAUGUCAUAGCCAAGUUUAUAUUAAAUCAAGAGGCCCUUUCCAAUAUGAAUUUUUUAAACUUGUAUAUCUCAAUAAAUCCCUAAGCGAUUACAUGCUGGGGCUUGAGUCAUUCCUGUUGUAGACAGUGAUAGAGACCAUAUGGUCACCUUCCAUUGUCCUCCUAAGCCAGGCUGUCUGCUUUUGCCAUGAACAGUAUGGUCAAGAGAUUUUCAGAGUGGUGACCCAUCACAACCUUGGUCAAUUCUCCCUUUUUCUUGUGCUCCAUGAAGUGAAAGCAGAAGGACUCUUUCAGACUGCCCUAGGUAGCCUGCCUUACAGCUCUCAGAAUUGUGAAACAUUGUAACUAAUACUCCAAAACAGGAGCUAGCACUGGGAAAGCCUGUGUGGUUUUUCCCACGGUUUUCUGAGGUUCUUAUUUUCUAUGGUGUUGCUUUAUUAUCAAAUAUAAAUUAAGAAAGCAGAUAUUGCACUUUAGCAGACAAGAACCAUACCUGUUUCUUACACAAGUAAUAGGUACAUUCAACUUCAGGAGUGACACAGAGGUGUAGCCCCCAGACUGUGUAAGGACUCUGUUUAAACACUGAGCGGGUGAACUUCCCUGGUGGUGCAGUGGGUAAGACUCUGCGCUCCCAGUGCAGGGGGCCUAGGUUCGAUCCCUGGUCAGGGAACUAGAUCCCACAUGCAUGCCACAACUAAGGAGCCUACUUGCUGCAACUAAGGAGCUGGCAAGCCACAACUAAGGAGCCUGCCUGCCUCAACUAAGACCCAGCGCAACCAAAUAAAAUUAAUGUUUUAAAAAUAAAAAUAAAUAAAUAAACAAACACAGUGGAUGCUCCCUUACACCCCGCAUGCCAGCAUUAGUUAGGGCCAGCUGUGAACUCCGACCCAGUCACUCCCGCAGGCUGCUAGGGAUGGGACUUCUCAUCUUGCCCUCUUUCACAUCCCAGUUCAAUCUUCCCCUUCAUAGGAGCCUCUUUGACACCCCCAACUUACUGAUGCUUUCGGUUUUACAAAGUAGAUUCAUCAGGCUUAAGUCUUCCUGCUCUAACUGCGGAUUGACAUAUGGAUCAUCAGUCCAGACCCUCACUGCGUAUAGGGCCCCUUGAGGAUCUGACUUGAGGAAGGGAGACUUUACAGGGACCAGUGUGAGUGAAAAGGACACAGCCAUUACCAAGGUGCCAGGAGUCUGACAGUGUUCCAAUUCUCUUUACAGCAUGAGGAAUCGAAGGUGGCAGACCAAGUUCAGCUCAGGACUCUGGUGUCCACAUUGUGCUGGGCAAGUCCUGCACUGAGAGUUGAGCCUCACAGGGAGGAGCAUGUGUUGGGAAGAGGUCUUUUUUUUUUUUUUUUUUUUUUUUUCCGGUACGUGGGCCUCUCACUGUUGUGGCCUCUCCUGUUGCGGAGAACAGGCUCCGGAUGCACAGGCUCAGCGGCCAUGGCUCACGGGCCCAGCCGCUCCGUGGCAUGUGGGAUCUAACUGGACCGGGGCACGAACCCGCGUCCCCUGCAUCAGCAGGCGGACUCUCAACCACUGCGCCACCAGGGAAGCCCAGGAAGAGGUCUUUUUGAUAAUUGUUUUAUACUGUUCUCUUCUAUGAUGGUUUAGAGCUUCAUGCUUGUCUUUUCUGGCUUUGCUAUUGAUUUUGCAUGGUGGAGAAUGUACCUGAGAGCCUUGAGGUUCAAGCUGCAGUAUUAUUCUUCCUGCUGGCCCCAGUUUAUCACACCCACUUCCUUCUUUUGGUUGUAUUCUCUGAAGGAAGGGUUCAUCUGCUCUGUCCUCUUAGUCCAUAGUCCUUAUAUAUAAAUAUGUUAUGUAUAAUUGCAGUAGAUUCUUAGAAAUCAGGGUGGAGCUUUUCUUUGAACAGUUUAACGAGCAAAUUCAGCAGCAAAGUGUCAAGAAAUGAUUCUCCAGCCAGGAGAGGUCAUGUUCAUCCUCUUAUUGCCCAGAUUCUCUAGUCACAACGGUACAGUAGUCAGUGAGAGGUGCCACUGGCACCCAACAGCCCCUGGGCACACAGCAUUUCCAUGUCCUGUCACAGUGUACAAACAAUUCUCUCAUUUAGGAAAAUUGAACGAGCAUUUUUGCACAGAGAAAAAUGAAAAAGACCCAUGAAUGUUAUCUUUUAUAUUUUGUUUUCAGUUGGCUAAUGUUGAAUUUUUUGUUCUUGACAUGCACUUGUAAACCAAUCUUGCCAAGAUACAAGUUGUUUUGGUUUUUCACUACAAUUACCUCUUGUUCCUCCUGUCCUGACUGCUGACGUUCCUCAAUGAUUCUAAUGUCUAUUUUAUGGGAAGCAGCCUUCCCAUGGGUUUCCUUUUACACACUGCAGGGCUAUCUUUAUACUUCUAAAAAAAGGAGAAAACUGUCACUAAACUCAUGGAGGAUUUGCAGAAAACCAUUUAGCCCACCUUGAGCAAAAGGUAGAUUCCUCAUUGUUUUCCUAAGUUCAUUGUAACAAAAGAAAUCUAAUUCAGCAUUAUUGUGCUACCUCAAAGGUAAAAAUGUUUUAAGGUCUUUUUUGGUCCUGAGUUCUACACAUAGUGUUUGAAAUGUCUCUCAGUUGGAAUUAUUUUUAAAUCAUUGGGGAGAAUCUUAUUUUAACCUGUUUUACACUUGUAUUUUAAUCUCAGAAGAAUAAGUGAUUAGAAGGUGAUCAAUUCUUGCUCUGUAGUAUUGAACAUAUGAUUAAAUCAUUGUUUGCCAUAAACAAGGUUGGGUUUUUUAAAAGGAAACUCUAGGGCUCAGCUUUGCUCUUGGUUAAUAAAGGCUGACAAAUCAUAUCUGAA